UAAAAUAGUUCCAAUUCUUUUACAAAAACAUUAUAAACCUGAUGGAUGGCUUUUAUUUCUUAUUGGUCAAUUACUGUAUGUAGAUUUUACUAAAUAUGUAUUUCCGCAAGCAAUUGAAAUGUUAUUCAAAGAACUUAAAGCCGAAGACAUUCAUGAAAGACCUCAAGUAUCUGUUAGCUUCAAGAAAGAUACGAACACUAAAAGUCUUAGUACAUAUGUAUUAUCACUGUCAACACCUUCACAAAAUAUUCGUGAAUGGACACAAGAACAAGUACAUGAUUGGCUCAUCAAACAUAAUCUCGUUCAAAUGUCUCGUCUUCUGACGAAUUAUGAUGGUCGAAGUUUGACUUAUCUGCACAAGUAUAUAAAAUAUGGUCAGCCACAACAAAUUUUAAAUAUGCUUCAAGAAGAUUCAAUUCGACGAACAAAUCAAUCUUUAUCAUUAGUAGAAUUAUCUCGUUUUCAUUCUUUAAUGGAUCAACAAAAACGACUCUUGCAAUCAACUUUUUCUGGGCGACAAACAAGAAAGAAUAUAAGCAAUGAUAAAAACAACUCUUAG